UUUAAAACUAGCCAAUCCACAACACGCACGGGCCGAGAAUUUGAACGGGCGGAUGGCUGCGGUCUGCGUAUGGUGCCAAGUCGAGCCGCGGGCCGUCGUCUGUGUCGAGUGCUUCAAGCCAGCGUACAUUGAUGUCAUGGAGCUCUGCUACACGUGCAAUGGUCUGUGGCACCGACAAGGCGCGUCGCAGAACCACGGUUGGCGCGAGCUUCCGGCGCCAAUUCAGCCCGCCAGUGCGCCAGCGCACCUCUCGAUGGGCAACAGCAGUGGUGCCGCGCCGCCAACGCAAGACCAUGCGCGCCGACAAGCGCCCGAAGUGAUCGAGGUCCUCGACGACGUCGAGGUCGAAGGCAGUGUGAAGGCGCAGCUCGACGCCAUGUGCAUUGUCGAAGAUGCGGUGCAGUGCACGACCAACGCAAGUUGCACGAACGAGCACUGCACGACUGCAGUGACGCACUUGCAUCACGACGCGCCAUGCACGCCUGGCUGCUCGGCGUUUGCUGACAUCUGCCUGCACCUUCAAGUGUGCCGCAAGAGUCACGACUGCUACCGCUGUCUUUACGUCAAGCAACGCAAGCUCUCGAAUGUAGCCAUGCUGUAUUACCACUGGAGCCAAGGCCCGCCCAGCAAUAUGCGCACUCUCUCCAAGCAGACGUUCACGUCGACGAUGCGCCUCCAGUUCCUCGAGACGUGUCUGCAAUUGCGCUCGGUGCAGGCGCGCUUGGUCAAGAUCCAAGCGCCAAUCUAUAUGGCCCCGCCGCACACGCUGCACUACAGCACGCGACUGCUCGAGCUACGAGAGCUCCAACUCGCGCCCGCCAACGACGUCGUCUCGCAGUACAUUGGCGAAACCAUCGAGCGACCCAUCUCGUGGUGGCGCGAGAGCGUCGUCGCAUGCGUUGGGAUCACCGACGCGCCCGAUGCUCCGGCGUUCGCGGUGCACAUCGCCCACGUCGCAAGCGGCAUUGUCUGUAGCGAGCCGGCCUGCACGUUUGUGAUGAAUCACAGAAGCCACCAGAAGCAGUGCGCGAGCAAGCGCAUCUGUGUCUACUGCCAUCUCGUCGCGGUGCUCACGCAAAAGCACAAGUGGUACACCUCGCGCACCGACGUCGAGGCCGCCACCGCGGCACUGAAGAAGGCGUCGACGAUCGCAGGAGCCGUAACGCCGCUGCGUGUGCUCAACCAGACGUACGAGACCGCCAAGAAAGUGCAGCAACUCGAGCGCGAGCGCCUCACCUUUAUGAUUCAGACGCUCUUCUACUUGGUGCAGCCCCACACGCCGAUCGACUUGGGCCUUGAGACGUUUCAGUAGCUACACUACACGA